UCCCUUUACGACCAACGACGGCGGCGACUCAGACACCGGACAGGACGAACUUCGCGCGAUUUGUUCGACGACGUCGACGCACUUACACAUGGUCUCGCUCACCGCCGUUCCGCCGCCGCGUUCAGUAUAACUUUAUUUGCGAGUUAGCGAUCACGCUCAGUUUUCGCUAAGCCGUCCGACCGAGACGAACCUUUUGGAUCACUUGUUCUCGAUCAGUACUUAUUGGGGUUUAGUUAAGAAGAAGAAGAUCAGUUAGAGAUAUCUUGGCGUUCAGCAAGUUGUGGCAAAAAAUCGGCAUCCGAAGAACUUAAUAACGGGGGUUCUUGCUUUUAGUUUUUUUUUUUUGCAUGGAUAAAUGGGUGAAGGUGAUCGUGUUCAAAGAGUUCUGAAUGAAUGAUUGCUUCUUGGCGAUCGAGUAUCCGUCCAUCAUCUGCCGUGUGUGUAGUUGGAUAACUUUCCGAGCCGGCUUCAAUCUCGGUAGUGUGAUGCUACUGACAGAGUUUACCGCUUGACAUUGAUGGUUUGGCUGUGUCGAAGAUCAUUUGAGUGAGAAAAAGUGUAUCGUGAUAAUUUCGAUCAUCCUAGCGAGAAAUUGCUUACGUUGCAAAAAAAACUGGUCCGGUGGACACAAAGCAGAACCAAAGGCGUGUGAAAGUUGAAGUAAUUUCGCGGUUUUGUUAUUAGUUUACUGUGGUGAUCGCGUUUUUGUGUAUUUGCGAUAUUUAUUUACAAUUGCUGCCGGUCAGCUCAGACAACCAGUGCUCUUGUAUCGUGUCGUCAGCUGACGAGUUGAAAGUUUUUACAAAAAAAUAUCUAUAAUUAGUUCAACGACAUCCUCGACCAAACCAACCGAACGAACGGAGGCAGUUUAUUGAACAAAUGGUAGCAAUGGCGAACCCGGCCGACAAUCCGGAACCUCCGACGAUAACCACCACCACGGCCCAGGAUGACAAACUGUCGGCCAAGCCGCUCAAAUCCAGCACCGAAAGUCUCAACUCGGACACCAACGGGAACCCACUGACCCGAAAGGCUGCCAUCAUGCAGGUCACGAUGGCCAUCGUGGCCAACAUCACCAUCAUCUCGUCCGGCAUGGGACUGGGCUUUCCGUCGAUUGCCAUGAUCGAACUGACCAACUCGACCAGCUCGGUCAUGCUGACCGAGAAUCAGGCCUCCUGGUUCGCAUCGGUGACAUCGAUUCUGUGUCCAUUCGGCGGACUGCUGGCCGGCUUCCUCCUAGACAAAAUCGGUCGGAAAAAGACAUUGUAUUUCAUCAACAUCAUCUCCAUCGUCUCGUGGGCCAUCAUGGCCUUUGCCAGCAAAACGGACGAGCUGCUGCUGUUUGUCGAACUGAUGGUCGCCCGAGUGAUUAUAGGUCUCGCGAUUGGGCUUUCGAGUUCGCCCGCUUCGGUCUAUGCUGCGGAGAUAUCGCACCCUAAUCUCCGAGGACGGCUCACCCUGCUGACAGCGCUCUGCACCGGCAUCGGAAUGCUGGCGGUUUACUCGCUGGGAUACUUGUUCAAGGACGACUGGCGCUUCGUUUGCAUCCUGUGCGGAAUCUUUACGCUCAUAUCGCUCGUCUCGGUGUAUCCUAUCCCCGAGUCGCCCAGCUGGCUAGUGUCCAAGAACAAACUUCCCAAGGCGGAGAAAUGCCUCAAGAAAGUACGCGCCAUCAAGGAAAACAACCAUCCUAAGAUCCACGAAGAGUUGGACAACCUGGCGGACAACAUUGCCAGGUUCCGCGCGAAUCAGACCAGCAGCUCCAAACUGAUCAUGCUUCGCAAGCCGGAGGUUUACAAGCCACUCUCCAUCAUGUGCACGUUCUUCUUUUUCCAACAAUUUACCGGAAUUUUCGUGAUCAUCGUGUACGCUGCCAGGUUCUCCAUCGAAGCCGGUGUCAGCAUUGAUCCCUUCCUGAGCGCUGUCCUGGUUGGAUUAACCCGUGUCGUGACAACCAUCCUGAUGAGCUACAUCUCGGACAGCUUCGGCAGACGACCACCGGCACUGUUCUCCGGUUUCGGCAUGGCCACUUGCAUGUUCGGUCUGGCAGCCUGUACCGUCUACCCGGUCAAGGGAACUCAACUGGAGUGGAUCCCAACGUUCCUGCUGGUUGCGUUCAUCUUCUGCGCUACCCUGGGCUUCCUGACGCUCCCAUUCGCCAUGAUUGCCGAGAUGUUCCCAACGAAAGCACGUGGCUUCCUGGCCGGACUAACCAUCUUCGCCGGCUACACAAUGUCGUUCAUCAUCAUCAAAGUAUACCCAGCCAUGGUGCACGCCUUGGGCAAUGAGUAUGUGUUCCUAUUCUUCGGCAUCGUAUCAGUCGUUGGCAUUGGAUUCGUGUACAUUUUCCUGCCGGAAACGAAGGGCCGUACCUUGGAGGAAAUCGAAAAUUACUUCCGGGGACCGGUGGACGCCGGGGAGAUCGAACUCAAGCAGAACCAUGAUUCUAAGGUUUGAAACCGCAAACAAGAUGGCACCUUCCAAGCUGGCAUCCUGGUCACAUGCCAUUAUAUAGUAAGAACUGUGAUAUGAAGAAAACACUUACAAUGUAAGCGAAUAAAUACAAUUAGAGAACCCGAAUGUCAGUAAUCUUAGGUAACAUAGUUCGCAGAGCGCUAGGAAACUUUGUGUUGAACAAAUUGACAUGUGUUAGCCAAGGAUAGAAAUCGUAAACCAGUUAUAGAUGAAUAGUGAUUUGGUAUAGAAGCACGCAUCGUAGGCAUCAAAUAACUUGUUGCACACCCAGACAUGUAUUUACAACAAACCCACAGAUCUAUCUAUACGUUUAGGUAAAUAAUAGAACAUUGUAAAAGUUUCAAAGAAGUAAGCACACACUGCCAUUAUACAGCUCAGGUGGCAAAGUUACUUACCGUCAUCAUCAUCAUCAAUCAUGUUCGGUUGUGUUGCAGACAAAACAUGUUCUAGAAUCAAGUAAAUAAACCGUACUAUUUCAAUUAGUGCACCUCCAGGGGCACGCUGCAUGCAGGUAUCUUACGCUUAGUGUACGAAAUAAAAGACAAAUAAAACCAUUACAAAUUGA